CCAAAGUGGAGCUGCUGCAGGGAGCUCAAACUACGCACGAGAAGGAGUAAAACAGGAAUAAAAAGGACCAAAGUCAAUCCUGCACAGCCCUCCCAGGACCUGCUGGCAGGACAGGGCUGUGGAUCUGCAGCAAAACAUCUGCCUGAAGCCCUGGGGGCUGCCAGCGCCUGUCCCGAUCUCACUGAGGAGAUCAGGCUGGCUGUGCCAUGAUCUCGGCUGUGCUGCUCCUCUGGACCGUGCCCUGCGUGGCAAACCACAUCCUGGGGGGCUUUGCCAAGCGGCAGCUGCAGGACGGUGCCCAGCUGGCCUGCAGCCUGCCCGGGCCCCCCGGGCCCCCCGGGCCGCCCGGCCUGCCCGGCACCCCCGGCACCGUGGGCAGGAUGGGCUUCCCGGGCAAGGACGGCAAGGACGGCCAGGACGGCGACAAGGGCGAGCACGGCGAUGAAGGUCCCCAGGGCAGAACAGGAAACCCUGGCAAGCCAGGCCCGAAGGGGAAAGCAGGAGCCAUUGGCAAGGCCGGGCCCCGCGGGCCCAAGGGUUUGAAGGGCAGUCCCGGGAAAAGCGGGGCCCCGGGGAAGAAGGGGCCCAAGGGGAGCCGGGGCGAGGCCGGGCCGCCGGGGCCCUGCAGCUGCGGGGCCGGCAGGGCCAGGUCUGCCUUCUCGGUGGCCGUGUCCACCAGCUACCCCCGCGAGAGGCUGCCCAUCAAGUUCGACAGGAUCCUGAUGAACGAGGGAGGGCACUACAAUGCUUCCAGCGGCAAGUUCAUCUGCAGCAUCCCGGGGAUUUACUACUUCACCUACGACAUCACCUUGGCCAACAAGCACCUGGCCAUCGGCCUGGUGCACAACGGGCAGUACCGCAUCAAGACUUUCGAUGCCAACACCGGCAACCACGACGUGGCCUCUGGAUCCACCAUCCUGGCGCUGAAGCAGGAGGAUGAGGUGUGGCUGCAAAUCUUUUACUCAGAGCAAAAUGGGCUCUUCUAUGAUCCCUACUGGACAGACAGCUUGUUUACUGGAUUCUUGAUUUAUCCUGACCAAGAUUAUCUCAAUGAAGUGUAGGAGGAGAAACUGUGGGGACAAAAUAGGAAAUGGCCUCAAUCCAACAAACUGAGGCCUUACGUGGGUCAUGCCUGGGAUUAUCAGAUGAUUCCACAUUUGCCUAUGGGAUUAUCAGCUGAUUGCACCCUGUAUGGACUAUUGAGACUUUUCCACAGGGUACCAGGCCUUCAUCAGCCUCAUCAAUGUCUCCAUCCCAAAGCCACCCAUUAUGUAUUCCAUGAUUAUUCAUUCCAAGAUGCCAUGGACAUGUAAUUCAAAUACUGGUGCAGAAUGCUUUGGUUAUUGCAUUGUUAUAAUAAAGCAUGGAAACCAGCAGUCAUUUCCUAAAGCUGAGCUGGGAAGUGCCACUGAUGCUGGAGAUUGUGUCACUGGGCUUCCUCCUCCACACCCCAGCACAGCCCUUGUUAAUGGAAUCGGGUUUUGCCAGCCAAAAAGAGUCAGGA